GUUGUUGUCGCGUGCGUAAAAAUGGCGCUCUUCUGUGCAAUCUCAAACGAGGUGCCCGAGCAUCCGGUGGUUUCCCCUGUGUCAGGGUCUAUUUUUGAGAGGAGGCUCAUUGAAAAAUACAUUGUGGAAAAUGGGAUAGAUCCCAUUAGUGGCAAAGAGCUCACCGAGGACAUGCUCAUUGACAUCAAGACUACACAAGUUGUUAAACCAAAGCCUCCAUCUGCUACUAGCAUUCCUGCCAUCCUGAAAUCGCUUCAGGACGAAUGGGAUGCGGUGAUGUUACACAGCUUUACUCUUCGGCAACAACUGCAGACAGCCCGUCAAGAGCUGAGCCAUGCCCUUUAUCAACAUGACGCUGCGUGCCGUGUAAUUGCUCGUCUCACAAAGGAAGUGUCCGCAGCCAGAGACGCUUUGGCCACUUUGAAACCACAAACUGGCAUGGCCCCAGCUCCGAUCGGAGCUCAACAAACUGCAUUUGCUGCUGAGGCAACUGGAACUGCCGCUCAGCCUCAGGAACAAGCUGGCAUGACUCAGGAUAUUAUACAAAAGUUGCUCGAUAAGGCCCAGGUCCUUACGCAGGAGCGUAAGAGGAGAGGCAAAGUUGUGCCAGAAGAACUGGCAACCCCUGAAAAUGUCAGAGCUUUCAGAACACUUGCAUCACAUCCGGGUAUCCACAGUGCCAGUAUGCCAGGCAUUUUAUCAUUGGACAUCCAUAGCGGAGACUCAAGCAAAAUUCUCACUGGAGGAAAUGACAAGUGUGCUGCUGUUUUCAACAAAGAUACGGAGCAAGUGGUUGCUAUCCUGAAAGGACACACUAAGAAAGUCACCAAAGUUAUUUAUCACUUUGACGAGGACACUGUUAUUACUGCGUCUCCUGAUGCUACCAUUCGAGUUUGGAAUGUGCCAACUUCUCAAACUAUCCAGCUGCUGAGAAUUCAUGAUGGACCCGUCACAGGCCUUUCCCUUCACCCAACCGGCGACUAUGUCUUGUCGACUUCAAUUGAUCAACACUGGGCUUUUUCAGAUAUCCGCUCGGGACAGUUGCUAACUAAGGUAAUUGAAGGAAUAUACCCUUGUAUUGUUAUUAUAAACUAUUUAUUGAAGGUGACUGAUGAAAGCUCUGAGGGGGCAGGUUUAACUACUGCCCAGUUCCACCCUGACGGACUUAUUUUUGGCACUGGCACUACUACCUCUCAGGUUAAGAUUUGGGAUGUGAAAGAGCAAUCAAAUGUUGCCAAUUUCUCGGGACACUCUGGACCAAUCACCUCCAUUUCAUUCUCCGAGAACGGCUACUACUUGGCAACAGCAGCUGAGGAUUCCUGCGUCAAACUUUGGGAUUUGCGCAAGUUGAAGAACUUCAAAACGAUCCAGCUAGAUGAUGGUUAUGAAAUCAAGGAUCUGUGCUUUGAUCAAAGUGGAACUUACUUAGCUGUUGCUGGAACUGACAUCAGGAUUUACCUCUGCAAACAGUGGCAAGACCUGAAAGUGUUCAAUGACCACACAGCCAUGGCUACAGGUGUAAGAUUUGGCCAAAACGCACAGUACAUUGCUUCUACUUCUAUGGAUCGCACACUAAAGCUGUAUGGAAUGUAAAGCCUAGCGAUCCCCGUGAAUGUGUCCGUAAAUUUGUUCCACUACAUUCUUAGACUUUGUUUACAAACUUCAAUAAUAAAUAAAUUGACAUGUAAUUAUAAGAGUA